CUAAGAUUUGCAUUAUUGAGCUCCGGAUCAUGGUGUAUCAUUGAUGAUGAAUUCAACAAACAAGAGUUUCAUGACACCACAGUUGACUAUCUUGAGCUUUCUUCAAUGUCAGAAGUAUUGAAAGAAGUUGAUGAUAUCUUACUUUGGUGGAAUCAGUAA